AUGUCGUCCAUUAGCCAGCCCCUUGGUCACACGUGGUCUUUGACCGGCACUCUCGUUUGUAUCUACACUAUUAUCCUUCUUUGUGCCGGUAUUCCAGUUCCCGAGUUUAAAGCAGCCGUCAUUUUCCUGCUUUCCACCUUGGUCCUUGCAGUCGUCAGAUGGAACCUGGCGCUCUCCACAGCCGACCAGUGGGCGAUCCCGAACAAUGCAAACCUCUCCGUCAUCCCUGACGGCGUCAACCCGGAGCUUUGGGUGCUGGUUCACGGCACCAGAUAUGGCGUCGUUGUUAUUGUCGGCGCCGCGCUGGUCUUCGUGGUUUCCAUUAUGGUCACGCACAUGGUAAUUAAGGCUAAGGGAGCUAAUCAACGUGACGGUUCGGGCACCAAGGCAGGGAGAUGGGCCAAGUGA